AUGGCAGUACUGAGUUGGAGGACGUGCUCAGAGUGAGAAAAUCAUGCUAAUUGUUUGGGGAAGACUGCGAAAGUUAGACUCAAGAUGAAGGCAGAAAAAUGGGCUUUCUCUUGGUCAACAGCUGCUAUUACAGCACCACUGCUCUUAAUCUUUGCAGUUAUGAUUCACUCAGGAUGUGUUCUGGGGGUGAACAUCACCAGUUUGGAGACUGUAAUCAGAGGGUCAGUGGGUGGAGAAGCUCUGCUCUCUGUCCGAUAUUCAAGUACCAGUCUGGAUCCUCCUGUCAUCAAAUGGCAGCUGAAGAGGGACAAACCCAUUACAGUGGUCCAGUCUAUCGGCACAGAGAUCAUCGGUAACCUGCGGCCAGAAUACAGAGACCGUAUCCUUGUGUUUGAAAAUGGCACACUGCUGCUCCAUAACCUCAGGCUGUCUGAUGAGGGCACCUAUGAAGUGGAGAUCUCCAUCACCGAUGACACCUUCACUGGAGAGGGCAGCAUAGAGCUGACGGUUGAUGAGCCUAUCUCAAAGCCAUAUGUUCACAUGGUCACCUCCUCUGUUCUGGAACUGACAGAGCAUUUCAUGCUCAACUGCACUCACGACACAGGCACCAAGACCACCUACAGCUGGACAAAAGGUGGCAAGCCAUUACUAAAUGAGACUCGCCUGCUCCUGUCCGCUGAUCAGAAGGUCUUGAACAUCACACGCGUUCAGAUGGUUGAUGAUGACGUCUACAGUUGCAUGGUGGAGAACCCUCUUGGUAGCAUGAAAAGCCUGCCAGUCAAACUAACAGUUUACAAAAGAAGUUCCCUUUAUAUUAUACUGUCUACAGUGGGCAUCUUUCUCCUCAUCACUCUUGUAACUGUGUGUGCUUGCUGGAAGCCAUCAAAAAACAGAUCAAAAAAGAAGAGGUCAAAAACUAUGUUACCAAGAUCCAUUCCACAAAACCACCACAUCAUAUAUCAUGACGUUAAGCCAGAGGAUGAUGUCAUCCCAAUAAUGACUGAUCAUGAGCGUAGAAAUCCUGUAUCACUCUACAUCCUAAAAGAAAAGGAUUCUCCAACUGGUGAUCCAACAUCAGCAUGUGAAAGGUGCACCUCUAAUGGCAGCAGCCCUCCAAUCUACAGCAGCUCCAUGCCUCCUCGAUCCGACGAGCCACCAGCACGCAUCUCUCGCAGAUACCCUCGUACUCCUACUAAAUCUCCCCCGGCACACCGCCGCCGGAGGAAGGGACACAGCCAGAGCCCACCAGCCCCCUCUCCGUCUCGUAGCCGAGGCUCCAGUCGUUCUUCUCCACCACCUGUGCCCUCUUCUCCAGCCAGAAAACCUGAAGUUCCAUCCACCGCUCCACAAGAAAGCAGAGGCUCUCCAAAAACAUAGAUGCUGAUGUACUGACCAAGUCUGGUGAGCCCACAUGCUGCAAAGAGACAAAUAUUGACCUGCACAAAAACAUUUGCAUUAAUGUAUGUAAAUACACAGUAGCCUAUAUGGUCCAAAGCAUUACAUUUCAGAUUUUUUUUCUUUGUUGAGACACUUUUUAUUCAAAUGCACUUUGUGAAUGUUCAGUUUAUCUAACAUGGUAGGGUCUGUUCCCUGUCAGAGAUGCCUGGGUACUGAAAUGUGAUUAUGUUGGCUUGACAAAGCAAUUUUCAGAACCCCAUUCUGACUCCUAGAGUGUUUAAGCUACAUCCAUCAAACUUGGAAAUCAGCCAAAUAACCCUACCAACCACCUAGCAACCACACAGAACACCUUAACAACCAGCUAGCUAGGCCUAUAUUCCUCAAACCUCAAAUCCAUCUUCAAAUCGCCUAAUUUGAUGCUUAUUCAUACUUCAAAAUGUUGUAAACUUCCAGGCAAGGUUUUGUCAAGCCAACAGUCAAAGUUUGUCUUGACAAACAAACUUUCCAUGUCUGUUUUAUUUUGGAAAAUGUAAAUGACAAGUAGAGUUGAUCUGUAAUGAAGAUGGUAAAUAAAAUUUUAAGACUUAAAUGGAAUCUUUCACACAUAUGAUGCGGUUUUGUGCAAUGUUUCUCUCCUGAUAAUAAUCUGGGCAUUAUGUAACCAUGUCUCUCUAACUGAAGUUCAUACUGUUCCUGAAAAGGCAGGGACAAUGUGCUUGCUGAUUCACACAAAACACACAGUAGGCUCCUUGUUAUGCAUGGAUAUGGCCGUAGAGAGCAAGCAUUGUCAAGGGUGCAGUCUGUUCUUGUGUUGAUUCAUACCCAUAAAUAAAUGUAUAAUUUGGGGACAGAAACACAAAUAACACAGUAAAACUGUAAAAAAAAAUAAAAUAAAUCCAGUUGUUUUUACAAAAAAAAAACAAAAAAAAAAAAAACUGGCAGCUGUGGUUGCCAUAAUAAUUAUAUAAAAAAUACAGUAAAAUGUAAACAACUUUACAGAACAACCUGUACAUUUUACAGUUUAAAACUGAUGUAAUUUACAUGCACAAAAAUAAAAAUAACAGCCCUUUUCUGCUGGGAUGUAAUUUUGAUGCCUGUAUAUUUUACGGUGCAGUAUCAUCGUUUAUAUUAUUUAAUGAUAAACUUCAUAUAUUAACCUUCUGAACUGUAAAAAUCUGCUUUUUACUUUAUAAUGUACUGUUAUUCACCGUAGUAAUUCCAGAAGCGCACAUGAUGACCUGAAGUUCAUCAAUAGUAGCCCUUCCAGGAGCAAUGGCCAAUUGAGACAGUGCUCAGUGUCACUCACACAAACAAUUAACACCAUCAGGGUAACACAUGUGAAAUUAAAAUAAAACAAUAAACAUUAAAUAAACUACAUCAAAUAUAACACAGAACACUCCAAAGUACAUAACUGAUAUUUAAAAUAAGAAGAAGCAUAACUAUUCCAAUAAAAUAUAAUGAAAUGUAAUGGGUCACGCAGAGAAUUCUGGGAAUGCCUGACAAUUGUUUUUUACCGUAAUUUUAACAAUCAUUUACCGUAAAAGUACAUGUACUCUCUUGUUAAACAUAAUAUAAAUUUUUACCGUUAAUUAUAUGGGAAAAUCAUUCUUUUUACAGC